AUGGCCUCUCACAAUAAGUAUUGUUUCUUUUUUGCUUCUGUUUUAGGUAUAAUCAUCUUCAACAAUGAAGCCGCCAUUGAAGAAGAAAUAGAGGCCAUAGGAAACCAACAAUGGCUAACUGUUUCUCUCUCCUCGCUCUUUCCAUCAUCCACUUCCUCACCUAAUUUCACAGGAUUGAAGAAGAAAUCGAGCCUAGAAGUGAUGCAGAGACAUGGGCCAUGUUGUGAAGAAAAGCAUAACGGAGCAGAACCUAAAUCUCCAACACAUACUGAUAUCCUUAGUGAAGAUCAGGAAAGGGUCAAUUCAAUUCAUUCCAAGCUCUCCAAAGGGUUCGGCCAUGAAAACAUGAAGCAGCCGGAUUCUGCAAGCAUUCCGGCGAGGUCUGGCGUACCCAUUGGCUCCGGUGGCUACAUUGUCACCGUCGGCUUGGGAUAUCGACAAUGUGCUAAUUCUACCCAAACAUGCAUAUAUAAUGUUGAAUACGUUGACACCUCCUCCUCCGUCGGCUUUCUCAGCAAAGAAAGGCUCACCAUCGCCGCUGACACCUUUGACAACUUCUUGUUUGGUUGUGGCCAAAACAACCGUGGGGAUUCCUAUGGCGGCGCCGCUGGCAUACUCGGCCUCGGUCGCCACCCUAUCUCCUUCGUUCAGCAAACAGCAAAUACUUAUAACAAGGUCUUCUCUUAUUGUCUCCCUUCCACCCCUAGCUCGGUCGGCCAUCUCACCUUUGGGAGCGGGGAAGUUCCCAAAAAUGUCCAAUACACUCCGAUCACCACCAUCCCCAACUUAAACUGGUUCUACGGCAUCAACAUCAUAGGAAUUACCGUCGGUGGAACAACACUAUCAUCUGCUACUUCUACACUGUCAUCGGCCAAAGCAAUCAUUGACGUCGGCACAACCAUCACGAGGCUUCCGCCGUCGGUGUAUGCUGCUCUGAGAUCGGAGUUCCAGCAAAAGAUGGCGAUGUAUCCGAUGGCAAGCGAGUUAGUAAUACUGGACACGUGUUAUGAUUUGAGCGGGUACGAGACGGUUUGUUUGGCUUUUGCUCCAAAUAAAAGGGAAGAGGAUGUGCUUAUUCUGGGUAAUGUUCAGCAGAAGACAAUAGAGGUGGUGCAUGAUCUCAAUGCAGAAAGGCUUGGAUUUGGGCCUCCUGGUGGCUGCAAAUGA